GCUGUAUGACCUGUCAUUACAAUAUAUAUUGACUUGAACAGACAUUCUCUCUCAAUCCAUUGCACGCGCCGAUAUAUUUGGACGUACAUAUUUUAGUAUAGACCAUGAACAAACUCUAUGUGGGGAAUCUGAGUCCUUCGGUGACCGUGGAGGACCUGAAGCAGCUCUUCGGCGAGAGGAAACUUCCCGUGACCGACCAGGUCCUGCUCAAAUCCGGCUAUGCCUUCGUGGACUUCCCCGACCAGAACUGGGCGAUUAAAGCCAUCGAGACUCUAUCUGGGAAAGUUGAAUUACAUGGGAAAGUGAUCGAGGUCGACUACUCUGUUCCUAAAAAACUAAG